ACCUUUAAAACGACGCAAUUCCUAGACUGUUUGGGGCAGAACCAUUAGCGGAUAUAAAACACCGCCAUGUACAAAGACUACCCUCCAACAACCUGUUGUCACAACCUCCGUGUCUAUAUCCAGACCACUUCAGUUGCAGUAACUACGCAUCAAUCGCUUCUCAAAAUCCCAUUAAGAACUUAAUGAUAUACGUUGUGCUCAAGGUGAAAAUCAGCCAGUCGCCACAGCCAUUUUGUUUGGGGAGAAAUUUUGUCUUUGAAAUGUGUCCAUUAGUGGAAUUUGUCACGCCACUGCUCGCACAGUGUUUUUUGUAUUCAGGAAGCGUCAUUGCCUUGGUGAAUAAGCAGGGGGGAAUUAAGGACUGCAUCAUAAGAAGCAAUGAAAAAAAAAUUGGAGAAACAUUCCUCCCUUCGAGAUAAACAUUCCUCCCUUUAUGAUGGACCCAUAGAGUGACUGAAGCCAGCACGAUGCACGGGGUGGAAUGUAAAAUCUCAUGUCUCUUCUGGCUUGUGACGGCAGGUAGUUUCGUGUUGAUUCAAAACACUGGAAUAACGAAUGCAUCAACUACCAAAACGCCAUUGCAGACAGACGUGACACGACAACUGAGUUAUACCUUGGAAAACUCAGAUCCGACAGCUGGAAAGAACCUGAAACACCUUCAAGAGACUUUGAUUGAACUUAAUUUUACAACCUGUCCUAAGACGCAUGGUCAUCAGUAGCAACUGCUGUACAUCAGUAGGUUGCUGACGCAUUAGUUCCCAGCAUGGGUUGGCGCUGUAUUGUGAAUCCUUCAGCAGUUAAGAUGAUGUCUGAAAUCUCCGUCCGGCUUGGUCUCUUUGCAAUUUUUCUAGUGACUGAAGAGUUGGAGCCAUUUCAUCGCAUCAUUCAACCUGAGGAGAUGUGGUUGUAUAGAAACCCAGUCACCAGUAGCUACACUACAACACGUGCACUCUUUACAAUAAUAUCUGUGGUACCACUGACUAUCAUAGCAAUAUUUGCCAUCAUUAGAAGAGAUAAAAAGGACACACACCAGGCGAUUCUAGCGGUUACGUUGGCCCUGGUACUGAAUGGAGUAAUAACUAAUUGUAUCAAGCUUACUGUGGGAAGACCAAGACCUGACUUUUUCUGGCGAUGCUUUCCUGAUGGCAAGACCUCACUGGAUAUGAAGUGUACUGGAGAUGCUGAUACGAUUACAGAAGGGCGGAAAAGUUUCCCCAGUGGCCAUUCAUCAUUUGCAUUUGCUGGUCUAGGUUUUGCCUCAUUGUACCUGGCAGGCAAGCUACGCUGCUUUGAGGCCCAGGGUCGUGGGAGUUCCUGGAGGCUGUGCCUUGCAGCCGCACCUGUUAUAUCAGCCAUGCUGAUUGCUCUUUCAAGAACGGCUGAUUACCAUCAUCACUGGCAAGAUGUUGUUAUUGGCUCACUACUUGGUUUUGGUGUUACGUUUGUGUGUUAUCGACAGCAUUAUCCGCCCAUAGCUCAUUCAAACUGUGAUAGAUGUUACGCGACGUUAACACCUUUCGCAUCUAUACCAAUGUUUAAUGAGUCGCCGAGGGACGAGUAUGAACAUAAUGUUGCGAUAGCGAAUGGGCCGAGGGAUCAGGAUGGCGCCAUUAAACUGGUUUGAGGGGGUGGAUGGGAUCUCAGAGGGGAAGCAGAACGUUUGAAGUGAGCUGAAUUGUUGUGCGUCUAAUUGCGUUUCUAUGACUCAAGUUUAUGUUACCAACUCAUCAAGAAUGGCAGCGAAGUUACUAUUCUCAGAACUCAGAACUGUGCAACUAAAGCAAGGAUGGCAGCCAUGUUGUUUUUCUCAAACUCAGAACUGUGCAACUAAAGCAAGGAUGGCAGCCAUGUUGUUUUUCUCAAACUCAGAACUGUGCAACUAAAGCAAGGAUGGCAGCCAUGUUGUUUUUCUCAAACUCAGAACUGUGCAACUAAAGCAAGGAUGGCAGCCUGUUGGUUUUCUCCUGUAACCAAAGCAAGGAUGGGCACCAUGUGUAUUUUCUCUGGAAACAAAGCGAGGAUGGCAGCCAUUUUGUUUUCCUCCUGUUUAAAUUAAAGCCUACUAAUCUUCUGUGAUGAUGUCACAGGUUUUUAACCAGUUGAAUACCAAAGGACCAACUGCCUUCAUUUACAAAAAAAUCGUAAUAAUAAAUGAAAAUAAAAUAUAAGGUGUCAUUUAAAUCCAACAACACGUAACUCAAGUAUUUGAAACUUUUUGCCGUUUGUGAAACAAACUCGUUUGAAUUCAGCUGUCUUUAAUGUGCAUGUUGUUAUUGUUCUUAAAAUUGUCAAAUCAUUCUGCCAACUUUCAAAAUGUUAUGAAUUGGUUUACAUUUUUAUUAGAUUUCUUUAAAAUUUGAUCAUUUUUUACUUUGAUGGAAGCACGAAACAGGCUUAUAUCCAUUGCAUCAAGCAAAAUAAGCAACUGUAAUUUAGUUGGAUAGUCGAGUGGACUGUACCAGUGCGUGUACAUGUAUUGCAUUCACAAGUAUUUGUCUUUUUCAUCUGUACCGUUUCAUAUUUACUUUGGUAUCAGUAAGGUUUCAAAUUAAAAUUGUUUGAAAAACAAUUCUCUCCAACAAUGUUUAAUCUGGUGUGGGCAUGUGUUAUGUGCAUAAUUCUAAUCUAUAAUUGUGGUAUUGUCCAUAGGCCUCAAGUUUAAAUUUUAAUAUUAUUUUUAUUUAUUUCACAGAAGUGAAUGUUCUCUUGAUUCAAAUCAAACAGCAGGUAAAUAAAAUAAAAAAUGCUUUCAU